AAUUAGUUGAAUAAUAAGUAGGGUUAAAAGUUAUCAAAUACUUGAAAUAUUUUAUGAUCACCGGUUGAUUAUAUUUUAAAAUUGUUUUCCAUUAAAUAACAAUUUGUUUAUCUCCGAAAUUACUGAAAAUAUGAGCGAUACUACUGGAAAAGUUAUAACAUGCAAAGCGGCGGUUGCAUGGGGCCCCAAACAACCAUUACAAAUAGAAGAAGUGCAAGUUGAACCACCAAAAGCAAAUGAAGUUCGUAUAAAAAUUAUUUCAACGGGAGUUUGUCAUACAGAUGCCUACACUUUGGGUGGAUUAGACCCUGAAGGUAUAUUUCCGGUAAUUCUUGGACAUGAAGGUGCAGGAAUAGUUGAAAGUGUUGGCGAAGGAGUCACUAAUGUCAAACCGGGAGAUCAUGUGCUUCCUUUAUACGUUCCACAAUGCGGUGAAUGCAAAUUCUGCAAAUCUCCCAAAACAAAUCUAUGUCAAAAAAUACGUAUUACUCAAGGAAAAGGAGUGAUGCCUGAUGGAACAAGCAGAUUUAAAUGUAAAGGAAAAGAAGUAUUUCAUUUUAUGGGUUGUUCAACAUUUAGCCAAUACACUGUUGUUGCGGAUAUUUCCGUUGCGAAAGCAGAUCCUGCAGCUCCAUUUGAUAAGAUAUGUUUAUUAGGAUGUGGCAUUCCAACUGGCUACGGUGCUGCAUUAAAUACCGCUAAAGUUGAACCUGGAAGUUCAUGUGCGAUAUGGGGUUUAGGAGCUGUUGGUUUAGCUGUAGCAAUGGGAUGUCGAGCUGCCGGAGCAACUCGAAUCAUUGGUAUUGAUAUUAAUCCUGCCAAAUUUGAAGUUGCCAAAAAAUUUGGUUGUACUGAAUUUGUGAAUCCAAAAGAUUAUCCAAAUCGUAGUAUCCAAGAUGUGUUAGUUGAAUUAACCGAUGGUGGUUUAGAUUUUACAUUCGAAUGUAUUGGAAAUGUAAACACAAUGCGAGCAGCUUUGGAAGCAUGCCAUAAAGGAUGGGGAACCUCUGUUAUUAUUGGAGUAGCUGCAUCUGGACAAGAAAUAAGUACUAGACCUUUCCAAUUAGUUACAGGUCGUACAUGGAAGGGAACAGCUUUUGGUGGUUGGAAAAGUCGUGAAAGUGUACCCAAAUUAAUUGAGGAUUAUCUUAACAAGAAAAUUAUGCUGGAUGAAUUUGUAACUCAUAAAUUAACCUUGGAUAAAAUUAAUGAAGCUUUCCAACUUAUGCAUGAUGGAAUCAGCAUUCGAGGUGUUGUAGAUUUGUAAGAAGUUACUAAUUGUUUUUUUGAAUCUUUUACUAAAAAAAGUGUUAUUUUUAUGAAAUUAUUUUAAAUAUAUAUAAAUUUAUAAUUUU